UUCUGCGGCAAUAAAUUAUUUAUUUUUAAAACACGGAGACUUCUAGAGGUAAACACCUUCCAUCUGGCAAGGUCGCCCACUAUCAACACCACUCGCUCGUUACACGGACUGUGUUCGCUUACCGACCCAGCACAAAUGGCAAGCGUCGAGGAUCUCCUGUUGGACCAGGAGGAGCUGAAGAAGCUGCUGGAGAGUGCCACCCGGCCCGCCGUUCAGGAGCUGCUCAAGAAGGAGCUGCGCAGGGUGGAUCGUGAGGCCAGCAGUCGGGCGCAGCAGAGCAAGGCGGCCGACGCGUCCCCUAAGGCAGCUACUGCUGGGCCACCCUCCACCACCAAGCUCAGCAACUAUGGAUGGGACCAGUCGGAGAAGUUCCUGAAGGUGUACGUAUCCCUGGAGGGUGUCCAGAAGGCUCCCUCUGAAAAUGUGUCAGUGGAGUUCAAAGAGAGGUCGUUCAGCCUGCUUGUAAGGGAUUUUGAAGGCAAGAGCUACAGCAUGAGCGUUAUCGAGCUGCUGCAUCCCAUCGACCCCGCCAAAAGCUCCUGGAAGGUGAAGACCGAUUCCGUGCUGGUGAUGUGCCGAAAAACCAAGGAGGAGACAUGGAAGUUUCUCACGUCCUUGGAGAAGAAAACUCUUGACAAAGAGAAGCCGAAGAUAGAGGAGGACGUUGACCCCAGCGAGGGACUCAUGAAGAUCCUCAAGCAGAUGUACGACGACGGCGACGACGACAUGAAGAGAACGAUCAGCAAGGCGUGGGUGGAGUCACGCGAGAAGCAGACCCAGGGCGUGUAGGGGCGGCGUCGGCUGCGACGGCAGGUCGCCCCCCACACACGCGAGCUCGCAGCACGCGCAGUGGAGGAGCGCUGGGUUUUAAUCCAUCGCACCCGUCUUGCCAGCAUCCCGGCCCACGCCCCCAAUCCCACUCGUGUCAUUACUGUGCGCGGUCUAUUAGUCGCGUGAUGUGUGCC